CAGAGAGUACAUGGACUAUGGCUAAGGCGCAUAGGCUACACGAAGGGGGCUACGGGAACUAUCGGAGCUAUACACCUGGUUAGGGCCAGAAGAUAAGGUUUUUGACGUGAUAGGAGGAAUAAAGAGCAUGAUAUUUCCUCUGCACUCAUGAUUUAACAAAACGGUUACAUAAAUCACUAUAAGCCUUAUCACAUCUAUUUCUAGAUUAUUUCAUAUCUCGAACAAUCCAAUGUAAUCAUUGUGUUUAAGAAUUGGUUUUCAUGAACAGCUGUGAUUUGUGUGCACUUUUCUAACGAGUAGCUCAAUUUUGAAAUCGUUGGGAAAAGUUGGAAAAAAGGAAGCGAAGCGAAGUUGGCAAGGAUAUUUAAUAUGCCGUCAGCUCUAAAUAACAAGAUAGAAGGUGUAUUGUCUGAACAUUCAUUCGAUGGAUUUUCAGAUUGGUUUAUAAAGUUGAAUAAUCCUGUUACGCUCUGGGAGUUGCAACCAACCUACAUACUCGCACAGAUAUCAUUUUUAGUAGGAGCCUUUAUUACUCUCUGCCACGCUCUAAAAAAUGGAGGCCGUCUUCCCUAUUUAUGGAUCGCUACAGUUCUUCAUGGGCUAGUUGUAGAAGCAGCUUCAUAUAAUCUAGAAGACAUCGAUAACUUCUGGCAUUCACAAACACCUGUAGUGCUUAUGGGACGCAGGCUACCUAUUCAUAUCAUAGCACUGUAUCCAGUAUUUUUAUACCAUGCGUCAGUUGCUGUUUCAAGAAUGAAACUUAGCACUUAUGCUGAACCAUUUGCAGUGGGACUUCUUGUGGUUUUGGUGGACAUUCCGUUCUGCAAGCAAAUGGCAUGUGCAGUUCUAACGGCUCUAUUGGGAAUGCCUGGUGGCGUGUUACUUUUCUUACCACUGUAUCAUCCUCUUCACGAUAUUUAUCAUAUACACUCAGAAGUAACAUUCAUGAUAUUAUUUGCAAUGUUUCUUCUUAUUAUCUGGACAGCUGACAGACGUCCAAAGACCAACGUACCGAAAGAAGAUCCUGGAAGUAAAUGGAGAUUACCUCUGUUCGGGCAUUUGAUGGUUCAUUACGGUCUCUUCUUAUCUAUGGUUUUAUUUGGAAAUCCAGAGAAAGAAGUUUCUAUUGGCCUGCAUGAAACAAUUGGCCCAUGCAAUGAAACUGUUUCUCUCCAAACUGCAUUUGGAUCGGUUCUGCAAAAACGAAAGUACCUGUGCUUGUCAGAUUACAAUGAAGAUUACUUUGAUUUUAAAUGUUUAUCAUCAAAUGACGUUUUGAGACCUGGAAUGAAUUGGUACAAAGUGUGUGGAACCCCAUUUGAGAACCGUGCUGAAUACAUUUCUGUAAUCACAACAAUUUGCAUAAUUGCUUUUGUGGUGUUUCGAAAUCUUUAUUCAAAUCAUUUUACUAAGAGUUCUCAGAAAGGAAAGAAGGAAUAAGAAUUACAUAAAUACUUUAUGAAUUGGGGAAAUCCUUGUAUUUUCGGCCACUUUUUUCGGCAUGUUUUUUUAAUGAAAUUUUCGAUAUUUUUGGGCUUCAGCGGAAACUCCAACGAAGUUUGUCUUAUGACAAUUGUUGCAUAACUGUACAUUUCAUAAUUCAAUUUAAAAGUCUGACGUAAAAAAAUUGAAAAGUGGUUCAAGAUACAAGGGUAACUUGGAUCACCAAAAGUUUUACCUCGGAACCCCGCCGUCUCACGGACAAGGAAUUAGGAAUAUAGAAGGUAUUCAUGAAUGGUAUUCGUUGGAAGCCUUUAUAAAUUUGCUAUGAAACAUAAGCUUUACAUAAAACAAUUGAGUCUGUUUCCAAGGCAUUUUUUUCAACUCUCUUUAUCUUAUUACCUUACUUAGAAGUACUUUGUGUUUGGAUUAUGCUCUUGGUUAAAUUUAGAUUUUACUUUGUUUUCUUGAAUAAUUGUGCUUCAGUUUCGUUUUUCUCCGGAGUGUCUGGCAAUUGCUUUGACUUUCCUGGUUUCAGUCACCAUUCUUUAUCCAACUUUGCAAUGGACUUGAACUGAUUGUGGCUAUGCGAUAUGUUUCUAACGAGAGAAUAGUGGCUAUACGGUAUGUUAUCCAAUGAUAGGAGGACUACCAAUUGAUACGUUUCUGGUAUUGGCAAGCCCGAAUUUUCAUCACCUGUGAUCAUCAUCUCGAAACAAUGCACUUAAUUAUAAAUCUCAAUGGUUUUAAUUUUUUUGUAGUUUGUAGGUGGUCCAAGAUGCAAUAUUAUAAAGUGGCCCAAGGUACAACGACUUACUUCUUGGUUAAAAUCUAUGUCAAUAAAUAAAAAUAUUAUCGAUUGUGUACUUUUAAAUAAAUAAUACUGAAAAAAAAUCUAUACGGUUUAUGAUGCUUGAUAUGUGUGAAAAAGUAGGUAGACGGUUUUUCAACAAUAACGGUGCAUGUGCUUUUUCAGCGUUACAAACAAGAGCCACAAUUCAAGUCAUGUAAUAAACAAUUUUCGGUAUACCACUUCGCCAGAAAGAAAAGUAUCAAUAAAUGUAACUUCAAAUUAACUUCUCCCCAUAGCAC